AUGACAAGUAUGUUAGGAACGGAACAUUCGUCAAGACACUUUAUGUCUAUUGCUGAUGCGGCUGCGGCAGCCAGCAACAGAUUAUUAAGGCUAAAUCAUUUUAAUGAUAAUGAAGAUGAUGAUGAUAAUUUGGAUCUCAAUAUGCAAGAUGACGAUGAUACCGAUGAUUCAUCCAGUCCAUCGAGUACUAAUGCCUCAACACCGCAUCAAGUUCGAACUUCCAAUAGUAUCAACCACGAUAGCAAUAAUAAUAAUAAUAAUGCAAUAAAUGACGAGAAUAUCAGAAGAUAUCGUACAGCAUUUACAAGAGAACAAUUGAGUUGUUUAGAGAAGGAAUUUUUACGUGAAAGCUAUGUGACAAGACCACGACGAUGUGAGCUAGCAGCUGAAUUAAAUUUACCAGAAGCUACAAUUAAGGUAUGGUUUCAAAACCGACGGAUGAAAGACAAAAGACAAAAAAUACCCUUUGCUUGGCCAGGUUAUGGUGAUCCAUUUUCUUAUCUUUGCAUGUAUGCUGCAGCGGCUGCAAAUCCAUAUGGCACAACAAAUCCAUAUGGCACAACAAAUCCAAUGGCUUUUCCAUUUAAUCCAUUAGCAGCAGCGACCGUGGGUGGUGUAAACAGUAUUACAAGAAUGGCCUCAUCAGCAGCUGCUUUACGUUCUGCAUCACAACACCAACAACAACAACAAACUAUUGGUUUACAAUCAUCACCGAACGAUUAUCUUUCCUUUCGUACAACAGUCGCUCAAUCACGUAUACGUUUAAAUUCGUUCCCUUCAACACAAGAAAUAAAUAAUAAUAAUACUAAUAACAGCAACAACAAUGACAGAAAUAUACAUUCACAUUUAGCACAUAAAUUACCCGAAAUUGUUUCUCCAACAAAUGAUAAAAUGUUAUUAUCAAACUCUUCGUCUUCUUGUUCAUCAUCGCCAGCAUCUUCAUCGAGAUCAUCUACUCAUCGGCAACAACAGCAUUCACCAAUAAAUUCUAUCAAUUCAAUCACAAUAAAACCAUUGAUAAACUUCGCAUCACCAGCCAUGGGACUAGCAACAAUUAUUGACCAAUCAAAUCGAUAA